AUGUAGAUCGAAGAGAUGGGACGUGGAAAGCUGAGCAUGAAACUAAUUACCAACGAGAGGUCUCGCAUGGUGACAUAUCAGAAAAGAAAGAAAGGUUUGACAAAGAAACUGCACGAGUUUCGAGUUCUCUGCGACGUAGAUGCUUGUGUGAUAAUCUUUGGUCCGAAAUUCAGUAACCGUCCCAUUGACGUCGAUACCUGCCCGACCGAUCACUCCGAAAUCAAGAAAAUUAUAGACCGUUACAAAUCACAUGGCAAUGACCGCAAGAAAAGUCAAGAUUUGUCGCAUUUUUUUGAGACUCGCAAGAGAAAAUUGGACGAUGAGAUUACUAAAAUGCAUAGGGCCUGUUUGGAAGCCAAGUUUCCUACUUGGGAUAAUCGUUUAAACUCAUCGGAACUUGAAGAACUCUGUUUAUUGCAUACUGUUUUACAGUCUAAGCUUGAAACUGCAAUGAGUAGGAUUUUGAAGAUAAAAGGUGACAAUUAUUUGAUGAUCGGUGAAGAUUCCAAGUCAGUUAAUAUUAUUCAAGGAAGCUCGAGCAAUAAUAAUAUUAAUAAUAGAUACAAUUCAAUGGCUUCUACCUUCGCUAAUGCCUUGCAACAAAAGUGUACAGAAUUACAGCAGCCAUUUGAUCAUCAUCAGGUGCUUCCUUUUAAUGUUAAUCCUCUUAAUAGUCCUAUGAUGAUGAUGAUGAUGAUGAAAGCCAACGGUACAGAUUUGAGUCAAUUUGGAGCUCAAGAAGCUGAUCAGACGGCAGGUAAUAUGGUGAUAUUGAAUAAUCAUAAUGGUGGGAUCCCUCAUCCAGUAAGCUAUUGCGGGGAAAUGAGGCAGUUGUCUCUGUUAGGUUCUGGACAAGGCUCAAUCAUGCCUAAUGUUUCUUCUCAAAUGCAAGUUCCUCAAUUCUCUGAGUUUUGUGAUACUAAUGAGUUUGAGAUGAAGAACAUGAAAAGACAAUGUUUAGAGUAUUUCAAGUAUUAAGUGUUUUUUUUUUUUUUUUUAAAGAAUUCAAGCAUUAAAUGUUAAGCGCUAGAAGCUUGCAGUUCUG